UGCCAAGCGAGAGCUCUCCAUCUGCAGGAGGAGGCAAAGUGGGCUGCUACCAACAAAAAGAGGCAGUCAAAUCCGAGGACCAGACCUUUCCCGGAGGAUUGGGGGUUUCUCGUUUAAAGAAAGAAGUUAUUAGAAAGGCGAUACGAUGUCUGAUUUUGACAGUAAUCCGUUCGCAGACCCGGAUUUCAGCAAUCCCUUCCAGGAUCCUUCGGUGACCCAAGUGACACGGUCUGCCCCUCCUGGUGGUCUGGAGGAAUAUAACCCCUUCACAGAUGCUAGAACGGCACCACCUGGAAAUGCCCCUAAACCUACUCCCGCUCCUUCCCAGAACACACAACCUGCCAUCAUGAAGCCCACAGAAGAGCCACCAGCUUAUUCACAGCUCCAGACUCAGCAACGUGACGAGGACCAAGCACGUGCUCAGGCUGAGUUGUUGAGAAGGCAGGAGGAGCUGGAGAAGAAAGCUGCAGAGCUUGAUCGUCGGGAGAGAGAGUUGCAGUCCCACGGAGUAGGAGGAGGCCGCAAGAACAACUGGCCUCCACUACCAGAAAAGUUUCCUGUUGGUCCGUGUUUCUAUCAUGAUAUUGCCGUAGACAUUCCCAUAGAGUUCCAGAAGACCGUCAAGAUCAUGUACAACCUUUGGAUGUUUCAUGCAGGCACGCUCUUUGUGAACAUGUUUGGUUGCCUGGGGUGGUUCAUUGUGGAUGCAUCUCGUGGGGUGGAUUUUGGCCUGUCCAUGCUGUGGUUUCUGCUCUUCACUCCAUGUUCUUUCGUCUGCUGGUACAGACCGCUCUAUGGGGCCUUCAGGAGUGACAGUUCGUUCCGCUUCUUUGUCUUCUUCUUCAUCUACAUUUGUCAGUUUGGAGUCCACGUUCUACAGUCUAUUGGCAUCACUGGUUGGGGAACAUGUGGCUGGAUUGCGGCGCUAACUGGUCUGAACACCAGCAUCCCUGUCGGCAUCAUCAUGUUACUGAUUGCAGCUCUAUUCACUGCACUGUCUGUGGGUUCGCUCAUAAUGUUUAAAAAGGUGCAUGCACUGUAUCGAACCACUGGUGCCAGUUUUGAGAAGGCUCAGCAGGAGUUUGCGACUGGUGUCAUGUCAAACAAGACUGUUCAGACUGCUGCUGCCAAUGCUGCUGCAAAUGCUGCGACCAAUGCUGCUCGUGGGGCCUUCAAAGCUCAUCCAUAAAGGAGACACGUUCAAGGCACACUUACUCACACAUAUACCCAAACACACACAGCAACAAGAUGGAGGCACUCAGCUCUGGUCCUGCUGCCUCUCAGAUUCAAUAGAAUAUAUUUAUGAAUAUUUUCCCCUGCACAUUUAUCGUUUAAAGUGUGAAGUAAAAUAACAGACAGGUUACUAGAGUUGUUCAUCUUGACCUAAAGCCUAACAUCAGUGAAGACGCUACAAAAUUCACCCUAUCUGCUUUACAGUCAGGUGACUGUCUUCUCACGUCCACUAAGUGAUUCAAGGUGGGCUCUAAAUGUGUGUGGGGGGACCUCAUCUUGCACACUUAACCACCUUUGUGCUACCCUCGUCCUUCUGUCCCCUGUGAGAUGAUCCCAGAUCAGACAGAAGUAACAGCUCUAGCAUACUUUGUGAUGAUGAUGACCUCCGAACACCUCCCUGCCUGAUAAAUUCACUCUAGAGUUAUGAGAAGUUAGAAUCUGUUUGCAUAUGGUUUAGUUUUUGUUUUUUAAUAGCUGGACGUCAGGGCGAUGCAGUGAUACAGAAUUUCUGUGCUUUAUUUUUAUCCAGUGUUUGGACAUUAGGGACUUGAAGGUACACUUUACCUUAUCCUGUAUCUGUGCUUAAUGUAGCAAGAUGACAACAUUCUCACUAUGGAAAAAUGGUUUCAUAAUAUUUCAGCUACGCCACAGAUAUACUUCUCUGUUCUGCUCUGUGUGCUUCUUUGGUUGAGGUGAUCCAGCUGCUUGUGAUUAUCCAGCAUGAUAUCAACAAGCAUGCUUGGCACACACAACAGUUAGAACAUCUUUUGGCAUCAUCUUUAACUUCAUUGCCUUCUAUCAGGCUUCAGAGGUUGCUGGUUAGGGGGGAAGCUUUUUUUGCAAAAAGUGGAUUACAGUGAUUUAAGUCCCCAACUUAAACCCAUUCAAAAGUGGGAAAGAUCUAACAAAAGCCAACUUUCCCUUUCAUUUAAGGAUGGCAUUCACACAUUCCUACAGUACGUGACUCUCCCUCAGUCGUUUUUGUAGCUGUUCUCACUUGUUGGAAAACUAACGCUGCUAUUAACCUUAGAGCCGCUUGAUCGUGGGCUCUUGCUGUCCCGUUUCCUGUUUAAAAAGAAACAAAAGACCACACACGGAGAGAACUGGAAUGCCUUUUCUCUCAGGAGAAUGUUUUUAUAUCUUGAGACUAACCUGCACAUAUAUUAAAAUGGAAAAGAAUAUGUGUACAUGUACCCUAUAUAGUGUAACAGUCCAUUAUUUCAACAGAUUUUCCUGUCAGUGAGGAAUUACUGGCUGCAGUAAAUCUGUAGCCAAAAUAACCAUUAAGGAACAGGGGGCUGAACUUGAUGCACAUUCAGCACCACCAACACUUUAAUUUAUUCACACUAAAGUUGUACAAACCACAGUCACUGAAGUGAAAUAUGGACGUGCAUCUUUUUUUCUUUUCAUUGUGCUGAAGCACUUCACGUAGUGAGCGUGAUUGUCUGAAGAUGUGCAUGAUAGAUGAAUGAUGACUGCUGUGCAAAACAAUGAAAUACUCCCAAAACUAAAUGUUAGAAAGUCGAGGAUCUCUCCCAAAAUAAUAAGCUUAAACCUUGGCAGUAUUGCUUUUGUUUGGAGUUCUUUUUUCUAAUACACAACACAAUUCUUGUUUUACAUCAAAGUUAGUGCAAAAUCAUGUUUUUAUUUAUGGUGUUAUUUAAGUUGUUUGCAGUUUAGUAUUUUUAAUUUUUAUUUUGUCUGUGUGAAUUUUGUAAUGACAUGGUUAUUGGGACAGCUAGGCUGCAGGAGGUUCUCGAUGACUUUGCAGAUCACCCUACAAACACGCGUGCAUGUUUUAUGAGAGAGAGUGUAAAUGAUUGGUAUGGAAGAAUUAAACUCCCUCAAAUGUUGUUUUAUGUCCUGAAAAGCUGUGAGAAACUACCAAAUGUUCAUAGAAAUGUUUUGCUUUGUGGUGUGCAACAUUCAGUUUUACCUUAAGUUAUUACAAUACUCUGCUACAUACACCCACAUGAUCACCAUGUAUUUAUACUUUUAAAGUCGUUCUAUGAAGCCUUGCCACAUUGGGUAGUUUAUUGAUGUAUUUGGCGACCUGGUUCUGCUGUACAAAACAAUGUGUUUUUGAAGUCUGCUGACACAAAACAGUGUUUCUUUGGCCUGUGAUAGUGUUAUUUGACAGAGUCGGGGGGGGGGGGGGACACCUGUAUAUUUUGUAAAGUUUAAUCCUCAUUAUCAAUCACAUGUAAAAAUGGUAAUGCACUCCUGUCUGGCUUUUGUCGCAUGUGAGAUAGUUUCAGUUUUGUAUAUUUAUGGUAUUAACAUUAAAUAAAAUUUGAAAGAAG